AGCAGCUGCGUUCUCUGUCAGUGCUGAAAACACAUCUGCGUCAACGUGGAUCAUGUUUUUACGUGGACUCAAAAGACAAUGUCAGGUGCAAAACGAUGACAUUUGUUUAUAUUACUGUCGUGCUCCUUGCAUUCGUUACCUGCAUUGCCAUGCAUCACAAAGGACAUCAUUUGCACCAUCAUGCGACAAGUAGCUUUCCUACCCACCAGAGUGACCUCCCUGUACAUCCGAUAUUCCACCGUGGCUGCGAAUCAUCUGACUGUCCACCAGGGUAUAAAAUAUGUUGCCUCUUAAUUCGCGGCCAAUGCGGAUGCAAAUGCGUGUCAUUGCUGCACCACUGCAGCUACGCAUGGGAAGAUGAAUGUCCUCUACCACAUCACCCUAACUGCGCCCACACAGAUGCUGAAAACUUGUGCCACUGCGAUUUCGCGGGAUUCUAUGCUGUGCUGGGUUUGCCCAAGUAGCCUGGCAACGCCUUUCUGCGCAGUCCACAGAUGCUCUUCGCGUGAAUAAAUGAUUUAAAACAUGUC